AUGAGCGGAGUUCAACCAUUUCAGUUUGAGCCCACGUAUCCUCCUGGCCAAGAACCAAUCGAUCUGAAGGAAGAAAGUGUGUCAGGUGAUACAAGUCAACGAGAUUCGAGACGAAGAAUCGACAGCACCGAAUGGAGCUCUUGUGAAGAGUGCGAGGCAAUGGCAACGGACGAAGAGUGUUUUUGUUGCCAAGAAGUUGAGGAACUGAAUCAAAAGUUCGAUGAAUCAGGUUUGUUUUUCUUUUAGGUUGCUUCUUUUCCCUUGAUGUGUACAUUAUAAGAAUACUGACAAGGACCAAAAGUCAAAAGGAUUAUUAUCGCGGUCAAAAGGAUUAUUAUUUGUUUUUUUCCGUUAGGAGUUGGAUGUAUUACGGAGCACGCCAAAUUCAGGAUUUUUUGCCUUGAUACUGACGUGUUAAAUACUGCUCUCGUGCAAUUCAGAACAUACGCUGUAAUCCCUUGCCGGAUCUCAUUGAGAACAGGUGAGUUGUUGCUUUUGUUUUUUUUUUUUUUUUACCCGAAGGAUCGUACCAGCAAGCAUGUACUCUGUACUUUAUGAAAUAUUUUCUAUUUAAGCUUAUUGUUCUUUUUCAAUUUUCCUAGAACUUGGCGCUUAG